AUGUCUUCUACACCAUUAGAGCAGCAAUCACCACCGCCACCAUAUGGAGGAGUGACCCAACAAGCCUACACGGUUCAUAGGGGUCACGGGUCGGUUGGACCUGUCAUAGCCGUUCUUACAGUGAUCACAAUCCUCGGUAUCAUUGCUGCAAUGAUCGGGAGACUGUGUUCAGGCCGGCGUCGUAUCAUGGGCCAUGCUCCAUCAUAUGAUUGUGAAAGUUGGACCGAGAGGAAGUGCUCUUCUUGCCUUGACGGUCGACCCGACUCAUCUCCGCCGCGGGAGGCGCCGGUUGUGACGGUACCUAUAGAGGAUACUCACCAAGAAAUCAAGGAAGAAAAGAGUCAAAUAAGGUGCUCGAGUUAA